AUGACUGCUGACAACCAGAUGACCGAAGUGAAGUCGGCCGAGCCGAGCUCGUCCAGCACUUCUCAAUCAGCCACUCGAAAGAAACGAGGUUAUAAGCGACCCAAUAAAUCGAAGGAACCCAAGUCUACCCCUACGAGUGCUCCCACGCCACCAUCCGACUCGAAAGAGACGAUAGCGAUUUCUGUCAACAAAGAAAACUCUAUAUCGCUGAAGAAAAAGCGGCACAGUAAAAAGAAGAGCGAUGAGAAGCUUAAGGAAGUCAACCCGGUUCGUACCGGUAAAGUGCCAGUCAAUGAGGUGAUGGGCCGAGGCUAUGGCCAGGCUGGUGGCACAUUGAAGUCGCAGUCCAACGCCUCCAUUGGGCGGACAAUACUGCAACGUCUGGUUGGCAACAAUGUGGAUCCGGAAGCGAUAUUUAGUGCUGCUCUACGUCAAAUGCCACAAGUGCCAGGAUUUCCAUCAAUAACUCAUCGUCCUGACUCAGGACCUCACUCAACCGUGUUUCGUCCGGAGCUGUUCAAGACCACAAUGGAGGCAUACGCAUCAGCAACGACGCAGUGCGGCUCGGACAUUUUCAGUGGAUUCCGUCAUGAUGGUCCAUACUGUCGCGAUAGUCGACAUUGUGGACGUGGAGCUGCGCUGUCUCCAGACUUUCUGUUGCCAUGGGUGAACUUCUCACCAAUGUUCCCAUUGGAUCGAAACAUGACUUCAUCUGGCCGUCCACCACAGCCGCCACCGCCAACUUCACAAUCCCAUCACUCCACUCAUUCGAAUCCUUACAGUCAUCCAUUGCUAUACAAGAGCAGCACACAAGGUGUAGGCCACCAUGGUGCUACGUCUUCAUCACGGCGGACCGUCUCUCUCAGCUCGUCUAGUUAUAGGCCUCCGAGCACUUAUCCGACAAGCAGAUCCAAGUACAGUCGAAGAACUUUUUCUUUGUUUGCAACUGUCAACGCUUCAUUUUCUAGCACUAGUAUGUCACUGUAUCAAAGCUCGAGUCAGACAGUUGGGGUGGCGAGUAAUCAAAAAACACGCAAACCCUACUUCAUGCCGUAUAUGAGCCUUGAAGCAGUAACAAGAGGAUUGGCUAAUGGCGACUUAGUGAAGUAUUACGUGGUCCUAAGGCAAUUUACAGCGGCAAUCGCAAAGUUACAUAUUCUAAAAUUCAUUUGCUACAAAACAGGUUCGCUUUGUGUGAAUCAGCGUAAUUAUGAAGAAUCUUAUGUGGACAAUCCCGAUGGCGAUGACCAGCUGGACCUUCUCAUUCUUGGCGUCCAUGAUCGAAAUAGAGCAUUGCAUGGUGAUGUGGUUAUUGUGCGCGUUAAAGAACGCAUGAACUGGGUGGUAAGUCAAGCUCGAUGUGUGCAAAAAAAAAUGAAAAUUUUCGCUAUAUUUGUUAAGAUCCGUGAGAAUUUGUACCAAGCAUGGCGCGCUGGCCAUUUAAAUGUCUCUCGCGAAGACAAUGGGCAGCCGAUCACAAUUCCGCCUGUAGCGGCUCCUAAGUCGGACGAUCUCGUUGAAGUCUCAAUCGGAGGACUGGCUGAUCCACAUAUCAGAAAGGCGAGCCUGAAUCUCAAAAUUCCUGCAAAUAAAGAGCGUAAGUAUAGUCGACAGGCAAUGGUCAUCAUUGGAGCUCAGCUCGAAAUAGCUCGACGGGAGUCUCUAUCCUCCCAACUUGCAGCCACUCUGCCUAUCGUUCAUCCUAGCCUACCUCCUCCAGAUGUCCAGAAAACUAUUGAUUCACUAUCGAUUGGUCGCAUGGGUGACUUUGGUGCUUCAACAAGCGCACAGUUGGCAAGAAAGCUCCCCGGAGUAGCGAAGCGAACUCAGAUUGUCUCAAGUGGGAAGAGAGCUGCAUACCGAACUCUAUCGGAAAUGCCCGAUGAAGAUUGGGGUGUACCAGAUGUGUGUCUUCAGAAGACUGCAGAGGUGAUGUAUAUAAUGGAGAUGAAGAAUUGUCGCGCAGCAAUGGGUCAGCUGAAGGUGAUGACAGACGGAAAUCGCAAUUGGGCACUUUUCUCGCCCACUGACUCCCGCAUGCCGCGCAUGAUGAUACCGGCUGAUCAGUUGCCUUCUGGAUUUUUCGAGAGGCCACAAGAUUUUGCUAAAUUCAUGUUCGUCGCAAGAAUGGUGGAAUGGCAAGCAACUGCUCAGUUUGCGCGAGGGAAAUUAGAACGUACGCUUGGUGUAGCUGGAGAUGUAGAGGCUGAAACCGAAGGUCUGCUGUUCUCCAAUAAUGUCGACACACGUGAAUUUUCCAUGUCCGUGAUGCAUUGCCUUCCGAUUUUUGAGACGAAGCAGUGGACCAUAGAUGAGAAGGAAUUUAAAUAUCGCCGUGAUCUUCGUGAUAGCAUUAUAUUCACCAUUAGCGCAAGAGAUUCACACGAAUUAGAUGAUGCUCUGUCUAUCGAAGAAUUAAGCGAUUGUGACGGUAAUGGAACUCCUGGAUUUGAGGUUGGUGUUCACAUUGCGGAUGUAUCACACUUCGUAUUUGAGAACACUGAAUUGGAUGCAUGGGCUGCAAAUAGGGCUUGUACUGUGAAUCUUGUUCAUAAGUCAAUUCCGAUGUUGCCGAGAGUGCUCACUGAAGAUAUGUGCAGUCUGAUUCCUGGCAAAGAUCGUCUUGCUCUAUCAGUGAUGUGGAAAAUGGAUAAGACUGGAACCAUUGUCGAAGAAUGGUUUGGCAGGACAAUCAUCCGUUCGCGGGUCCAUCUUGGUUAUGAACAUGUACAGAACUUCAUCGAAAGUCCAGAAAAGUCAUUUGAGGACGACGAGUAUCCGAAAGUUGGAGAUGGAGCCUCUCUAACAGAAAUAAGGAGGAAGGUAAUGCAAUUGCACAUGCUCGCUCGUCGUUUACGGUCAACUAGAGUGAAAAAUGGUGCACUGCGUAUCGAGCAGCCAAAAUUGGUCUUUUCGCUGAAUCCUGAAACGAAGCUGCCUUAUGCGGUCAAAGCCGAAGAGCCACAAGAUUCGCACAAAUUAGUGAAGGAGUUUAUGCUGUUGGCAAACAUUGCUGUGGCAACGAAAAUAGAGGCUCACUUUCCGAAGACUGCAUUCCUGCGACGCCAUUCCCCACCAAAGCAAAAGGUGCUGCGCGAAGUGCUUGAAGUAUGCGAGAAAAUUGGCUUCCCAUUGGAUGCGGCAUCUUCAGCUCGACUUGCCUCAUCAUUAAGCAAAUUUCAAGGAGGAAAUUCGCUGUUGCAGUCCAUAAAUCAGGUGUUAUCAAUGUUGUUGGCGAAACCAAUGCAGAUGGGCUAUUACCUCUGUGCAGGUUCGGCGAAAAAGAAAGACGAGUAUCAUCAUUACGCAUUGAAUGUACCGCUGUAUACGCACUUCACCUCGCCAAUGCGGCGUUAUGCAGACAUAAUUGUACAUCGUCAGCUGGCUGCCGCUCUUGGUUACUGCCCACCAACCGAAAAGACUGUUGCUGAUUUGGAGAGGCUUGCCCAACAUUGUAACGAUAAAAAACUAGCGGCUAAGGCGGUAAGCGAUUCGAGUGAUGACACGUUCUUUGGCUUAAUUGUGAAGCAAAAUGGGCCCAUCGAAGCUCGUGGCGUUGUGAUCAGCGUGAUGGAUGCUUCGUUUGACGUGUUGGUCUUAAAAUAUGGUGUAGUAAAAAGAGUCUAUGUGAAUCGCCUGGACAUGGCGAGAGAUCCUAUUUUCAUCGACGGCCCACCUGCUCAGUUGACUUUGUUCUGGAAUCCGCCCCUAGCUGGAGGACAAGAGCGCAACAACGCGGUGAUCGAGCAGACGAUUCAAAUGUGCACGGUGGUGGACGUGAUACUAACAGCGUUACCUGAACCGACCAAGUAUCAAGCUCUGAUUAGAAUGCGUCGACAGUCCGAAACGCACACUCUGCUUGAGCUCAUGGAAGGCACGGCCUGA